GAUAAAAUUAGAAUCCGCGCGGCGACCACCGGCGCACGAGUCAGUCGCGACUUGGCGAUCGCAACGCAACGGUCUGCCGUGCAUGUGUUCUUAAUUUAAAAAUCGAAUAGUGCUUGUUGUUUUCUUCUUUUGUUUUUCACUGCCGGCCCGGUGUGUUACGAAACGAUUUCAAUUUUGUGCCAGUGCUUUUGUGAGCGCUAUCUGUGGAUUUUUACGUUUGCCGAACGGUGGUGUUAAAACUUUUUCGUCAUAUUAAAUGAAUAAGCACUGAACUCAAAAAGAACUACAAAGAUGAUCCACGUCGAUGAGACUGACCCGGUGGGAGAAAUAGAGCCGCCAUUUCCUUGCCGAGAUGUCACAAUCAAAAGAAACACCGAUGUCAACGAUUACUAUGAAAUGCUCUCGGAAAUUGGAAGGGGUAAAUUCGGCACAGUGUACCUUUGCCGGGAGAAGAGCACAGGACUGGAGUUGGCAGCCAAGCUGGUGUCAGUCAGCAGGAGAGAUGAACGAAGAAAUGUUGAACGUGAAGUGGAAGUAAUGAGGAGGUUGAGACACCCCCGCCUCAUACAGCUGUACGACGCAUACGACUGGGGAAAAUAUAUGUGCGUCGUACUUGAAUUAAUAACAGGAGGAGAGCUAUUCGAGAGAGUAAUCGAUGAAGACUUUGUGCUGACAGAGCGUGCCUGCACGGUGUUCAUGAGACAAAUAUGCGAAGGCAUUGAGUUUGUGCACCGACAAAACAUUUUACAUCUUGAUAUGAAACCUGAGAAUAUCCUUUGCCUGACUAAAACGGGAAAUCGCAUAAAGAUCAUAGAUUUUGGUUUGGCUCGCUUUUACGACCCAGAGAAGAAGCUGCAGGUGUUGUUUGGUACACCAGAAUUCGUUGCACCUGAAGUGGUCAACUUCGAUCAGAUCGGUUAUGGGACAGAUAUGUGGUCUGUUGGAGUCAUAUGUUACGUGCUACUAUCCGGUUUAUCGCCGUUCAUGGGGGAGACGGACAUAGAAACUAUGGCUAACGUGACCGUGGCCAAGUAUGACUUCGACGACGAAGCAUUCAAUGAGAUCUCAGAGGACGCAAAAGACUUUAUAAGAAAACUUCUCGUGAAAGACAAAGAGUGUCGGCCGUGCGCGGCGGAGUGCCUGCGCCACCGGUGGCUCGUCCGACGGCCACCGGUGAACAAACAGCCGCCGCCCCCGCAGCCCCCGCCCAAACAUGAACUCGACGUCGCCAAAGACAACCUCAGACUAUUCGUCGAACGGUGGAGCGAACAUCCCAACUCGCCCUACGUGUUCGACAACCAUUCACACGAAAUCACGUGCCUUACUAACGGAAAUUGCGAGAGAUCUUCGGUCGGUGGGUGCUCGCCGUCUCCGCGGAGCUCUUUGGGAAGUUCCCCUGAUGCGGUCUUCGAUGAGGACGACUCAGAACCGCCGCCUCUGAGGGAACAUAGCACGCUUACGUCCAGAUACAACCCGGUAGAGAGGCGAGCCUCCGACAGCACCUGCUUCCUUCACAAGAAACGGGACGUCCUAGUCAGAAAGAACCUGGCAGAGGAGAUCAAAAAACUUUCGGAUCACCUGUUUAUGCUGUCGACAAUGAACACGGAUCUGGCAAACAACAACGAUGCUAAAGAACUUGAUAAAAACGUAAAAGAGACCACGACCACAGUGACGAAAGAAAAGCUGCCCAACGGAUUCAAGCGACAGACGUUCACGAAGACGAUCACCAACGGCGACGCGUCGAAUGAUAAGGUAGAACGAAAACUCUUCACGUCGAAAUCGACGAACAAGAUUUCUUCGAGUUUUCUGAAAGAAAAACAGCCCGAAAAACCAAUGACAAGCAAGAUGCCUUGGGCUCGAACGACUAUCACGAAAUCAAAGAAAGUAACGCAGCAGAGCAGGGAUGUUCCGGAUCAACCAACGGACCAACGGGACAGCUUCUUCCGAGAGUUUGACAGAAGAAGAGAGAAGAUAGAUAAACUUGUCAACGGUUCGGAGAACGGCAGACAGCUGCCUUACAGAAGAGGGGAUGAAAACAAUGCUCAUAGAACGAAAGAUUUGCUCCUCCACCUUCUUGAGAAAUGGGGAGAAACCGAAGGCGAAGAAGCGGAAAGAACUGCCGGUGGCACAUCGAACGGUGGAAGACAUCAGUCGAUAUCUUUAGAAUGGUCGCCAUCGAAUCGACUAGCACAAAAUUCUAUGUCUAGUCUGCACGCGUUUUUCCAAAGACAAACGUCCGAUGAAAAGAAGCAAAGGAAAAGAGUCCCAGACAAUUUACAUAGUGCCAAAUGAUUUGAUCAAUCCUAAAAAGUAGGUAUUUAGUGCCAUGACAUUCGCAAACUUAUUUAAAUAAACAAUGCAAACAGUUGUCGUAGACAUGAGUAGUUAGAUAACUGGGACCGUGAGGUGCUGACAUUGAGGUCCCAUUAAAAAUAAUCUCAAAAAUACUCAAUUUAUUAUAUUUAUUAAUGAGUUAGUUAAGAAAUGUGAAGUACAACAUAUCUUUGAUUAAAUGAAACAGUAGUCGUUCACCAUAGCGACCUACCCCAGUA